UCUGGGGACUGUCAGAGAGCCCUCGAAAGGGUUUUACCCAGAUCCGCCAUGAGCAAGCGGAACCAGGUGUCGUACGUGAGGCCCGCCGAACCCGCCUUCCUGUCCCGCUUUAAGGAGCGAGUCGGGUACAGGGAAGGGCCCACCAUAGAGAGCAAGAGAAUCCAGCCUCAGCUCCCAGAUGAAGAUGCUGAUCACAGUGACCAAGAAGAUGAACGGCCCCAAGUGGUGGUUUUAAAAAAGGGAGACUUGACAGCUGAAGAAGUCAUGAAAAUUAAAGCAGAAAUAAAGGCUGCAAAAACAGAUGAAGAACCAGCUCCCGCUGAUGGAAGAAUCAUGUAUCGAAAACCAGUCAAGCGUCCCUCAGAUGAAAAAUAUUCAGGUUUAACAGCAAGCUCAAAAAAGAAGAUAACAAGUGAAGACAAAAUAAAUAAGCAGGACUUAGUUAAAAAGAACUCACAAAAGCAAAUAAAAAACACCAGCCUCCUUUCUUUUGACAAUGAAGAGGAAAACGAUAAUCAAUUAUUGUAGACCCAUGCCUGCUUCUCAUUUGAAAGGCCAUCUGAAUGAGAGGUUUUUCCAAAUGUUGGGAUAGGGAAAGAAGAGAAGCAUUGUAAAGCCUGCAGCUUUCCAGGUAAUUCCUCAAGCACCUGCUUAAUGCUAAUAAUUUUUGUCAUUACUAAAAGUCACCCAAAACUGGGGGCUUAAGACCCCAUCUUCACCAGCCACAUCUGUCUGAAAUUAGGAAUUUCAGAGCAUCCUGUCAUGAAUUUGGUGCCAUAUCUGUCUCCUCCAUUUUAAGUAUCCAAAGACUACUCCAAAGCAGGGUGUGGGAGAAAGACUACUCACAGUUGACCUGUAGGUGGAAAGGGAGCCCUGAUAUAGGCUCUUUCUAAAUUAUUCAACUAGUCCUGAAGCCAUUCUGCAAUACUCUCUUUAAUGUAUACCCACUUGUUAUGUAAGCCAUGGUGUUUUGUUUUGUUUUUGUUUUUUUUCCUCUUUCUAUUUAUAUUAUUGUUCUAUUCUUGAACCAUAACUAUACUGGUUUAUCACCACUGUAUCCUCAGAACCCAGAAGAAUAUCUGGCAUAUUAGGUACACAUUAAAUAUAUUUAGAAUGAAUGA